AUGAAACUGAUCAUCCUCGACAUCGUUGCCAUCACCGCCUUCCUCGCCUACGCCCAGAAACUGUCCCUCGUGUCCGCUGCAUCUGCUGUCCCACUGCCCGCCUUGACUGCCUCUUCCACCCCCUUCGUCGCUCCCGUCGAGAGGAGGUUGAGACCUUCAGUCGUCCCCGGGAACGAGGCGGCUAACGGUCUUGCUGAUCGAGUGAGUCAACUUUUCCUUGGCGGGGCGAGCAAAGCGGUGGGCGCGACCUUCAAUGGUCUCGCUCGUUCGCACGAGAAGUUCAGAGAUGUCACAGUCCUCCGACACUAUAGAGUCUUUGACAGACAACUGGCUAAAAAAGAGAGAAGACCACGUAAUACUUAUGACGAAGUUUAA